CCUGCUUGGCUUCAUUUAUUCCAGCAUGAUCAACUCCAAAAAUCAAACUUUUGUUUGAAAGUCUUGACUUUGAUUAGCUAAACUCGAUUUCUGGGGUCAGUCCAAUGGCGUAGUGUGUGUCUGGGCUUGACUCACACUUCGUGUUCACCGGCCCUCAAUCGCUGGGAAAAAUCACAGAAUCUUGGAAAAGAAAGGGGAAUCCGCUUUAUUGGGGUUCUUGUUCCUCCGGUGAGCUGUUGCUCACCCAAAUGCCACUCAAUUUUUUAAUGGUUCUUGGGGCUCUUUUUUCCCAGAUGUUCCUGGAAAUAAAUACAGUAAUGGGUAAGAAUUUAAAGGACUGUGUGUAAGUAAGAUUCUAUGCCUGCUGCUGCUGCAAUGGGGUCCUUGGGAGUGUUUUUCCCCCCAAAUGAUGCUUUGCUUACAUUAGUUUAAUAUAUUUUUUUUCUUCUUCCCAAUAUUUAUAAAGCUGCAAGAUUAUUUGGUUCCUAGCUUGUUGAGUCAUCCAGGAUAUUACCAGCUGUGUUUCUGGGGGGGAAAAUUGGUUCUUUCCUAUUGAUGGUUCCUAUUCUGCAAAAGAAAUGGGUAGUGGGGAAAAUGGUGAUAUGAGCUCUGGCUAUGCUGCAUUUCGGACCGUUGAUUGGGACCCUAUUGUUUCAAUGGAUCAGAGUUUUCACUUCCCAGAUGUUCUUGAUAAUCACCCAAUCUGCACAAGCUCUGAACUUGUUCAAGACCCAUCUCAUAUGUGGGAGUUUCAAAAUUCUCAAGAAGUUUUCUGGAAUUCUGAAGUUCCUUUCUCAUCACAGUCCCUUUCUCUGUCCAAGAAUGUUGAAGAGGGGCUGCCAAAGGGUACAUUGGCAUAUAAUCCAGAUGGUUUUAGACAGAUUCGCGAAAAGAAACAAAAAACAGAAGAAACGAAUGGCUCGGGCGAUUUGAGGGCAAAGAAAACUAGUAAUGAGGGAAAGUAUGUUCAUGUGAGAGCUAAAAGAGGCCAAGCUACAAACCCUCAUAGCCUUGCAGAAAGGGUGAGAAGAGAAAGGAUCGGUGAGAGGAUUAGAUUGCUCCAAGAACUUGUCCCCGGCUGCAAUAAGAUAAUUGGGAAAGCGGUGAUGCUGGAUGAAAUCAUCAACUAUGUGCAGUCACUCCAGCAGCAGGUUGAGUUUCUGUCAAUGAAACUUGCAACUGUGAACCCAGAAUUUCACCUUGGCAUUGAAAGGGCAAUGCCCAAAGAGAUCUUUACUACCCAAAGAAGCGACGUGUCUCUUCUUCGAUCUGGUCAUGGAACAAGCUCGUCCAUGCGUUCCACAAGUACCCCAAACCCAACACCACCAAACAAUCCCUUAUUUCAGAAUGUAUGGGGAAAUAUGGACAGAAAUGGUAAGAGAGUAGCAGCUGCAUAUAAUAUGUUUUUCCAGAGUUAAAAUACUUUUGUUCUUCGAUUUUUAGCAGAAGAAUGUCAUCAACUGUAAUGUACUUAAGAUGAUCAUCCAUAUCAAGAGCUUAGAGAGCUAAAAACCAAUGAUCUGAAUGAGUUGAUACAAUCAUUGUGUGCCAAUUUUUAACCCCUCCCUCCCAAAGAACUUUACAUAAUUUGACUUUUAUUAAACUUAAGAAGAGUGU